AUACCGCGCAGUAUUUAAUAGAACGAAUAGAUUUUAUGACCAUCACCUUAGACAGGUGAUAAUUUACAGGUUUUUAGAGCGAUCCUCUACAUGGCAACUACAGGCUUCCGUAGUACGUAAUCUUACUCGAGUCGUAAAAACUACUGUUCACAUAUUACUGAGCGUUAUCGAUACUGGGGAUUAACACCGGCACCUGUUGAGAUUAUGUAGACUUCAAGAUAUUUAUUAAAACGUUUUGACUAGAAGUCAGCCAUUGUCUCGAAGUUCAAUUAUUCCAAUCCAAAAUCUUUUUUUUUGAGCAGACGCUCUAAGUUUUAAAAUACUAAACCCGAAGAAGAAAUGACCCCCCUACGUUGUGCAGCACUGCUUGUUUUUUACAACUCGGUCUUAAUCCUGGUGUGCAACGCGGAAGAACGGAACGACCGACCUAUUAUUGGUGUUUUGGCACAAGAAUAUCAGUCUUCAGGAAUGUCUUAUAUUGCUGCUUCAUAUGUGAAGUUCUUGGAAUCUGCUGGAGCAAGAGUCGUACCAAUAAGAAUAAGCCAGUCAGAAGAAGAAUAUGAAAAACUUUUCAAUUCUUUAAAUGGAAUUCUGUUUCCCGGAGGAGGUGCCAAUUUAACCUCAUCAGGGUAUGCUAAAUCUGCAAGUGUGUUUUACAGACUGGCCUUGAAGGCCAAUGAUCGAGGCGACUUCUUCCCUGUGUGGGGCACCUGUUUGGGAUUUGAGGAACUUACAUAUCUUACCAGUGGAGAGCUCCUCCUGACAGCAACUAAUACCUCAAAUGUUUCACUUCCACUGGAUUUUAUGCCAGAUGCCAAGGAUAGCAGACUGUUCAAGAAUAUCCCUGAAGAUGUGCUAAAAUCACUUGCCACUGAGCCCAUAACAGAGAACUCCCACCACUGGAGUGUCUCUGUCAAGAGUUUCUAUAUGAACGAUAAACUGCAAAAUUUCUACAGAGUUCUGACAACUAACAAAGUCAAUGUGAAGUUUAUAUCUACAAUGGAAGCCUAUAAAUACCCGAUUUAUGGAACCCAGUGGCACCCAGAAAAGAAUCCCUUUGAGUGGACAAGACCGGUGAUCUCUCAUUCCCCAUCAGCUGUAAAGGCAUCAUUUUAUAUAGCGGAUUUCUUUGUAAAUGAAGCUCGAAAAAACUUUCACAGGUUUUCAAGUACGGAAGAAGAAAUGAAAGCGCUGAUCUACAACUACAAUCCUGUGUUUACAGGAAAGGUCUCUUCAUUCGAACAAAUAUAUAUUUUCGUUCCCGCAAGCUUGAUGGAAGUGCCUAAUGAAUCUGUUUUAAAAAACAGUUCUACCUCACAAAACUGAGGGCUGUACCAGCGUUUUAAAUAGAGAAUAAUGCAUGAGGGGUGGCAAGCUACAUAAACCCCAAGGGUAAUCCCAAAUGGUUUUACCACACAUUACAUUAUCAUUUAUCACACACUACCCCAUGCAGUUUGACAGCUUGCGCUGGAGUCACGCUCUGUUGCUGGUGUUAAUGAGUAUGUGUUUCCUUUAAUAACCAUCCGAUUAUUGCAGGAAAUAUCAACUGGAUGAUUCCAUUAAAAAAUUGUUCCCCAGUUAUUUGAUAUUGAUAUAGCUAUGUAUUUAAAUUCCCAAGCUCACAUUUAAGAUUUAUCCAAAAAAAUAAAUGAAACAGUAAACGAAGUGGUUGCCCAUAUUUCAAAACAUAUUCAUCUACUCUAGUAAAAGUGUAGUUACAGUUAGUGUUUAUUUGUAAUAGAAAUUAUUUAAAAUCUGAAUUUGCCUUCUAUAAUGGAUAUGUUAAGGCACAUUUUCUGGUUAGAAUUACUGUGUAGAUCAAGGGACACUUGUGAUUUGUUAAGGGAUAUCCGAAAACUAAAAUGUGACUCAUCAGGUAAACGGUGGCCCCGUUUGUCCUGCGGUGGCCCCAUGCAAAUCUCGAUUUUGGGGCUCAUAUUCUUACCAGUAAUACUGCGCUACGAUGCCUUGACUUUCAAAUAUGGCAACAAUGACACUGUUCAGUGUAUUGUAUUUUACUACAGCAAUCGCAAAAACAACCACUCGCAGUUAGAAAUUAACCCUUGUGCAUUCGCAGUGACAAAGUCUGCAAUUAUACCCGAUUUAAUCCAGUUUUCUACAAUUCUGGUGAACGAUUGAUAUCUGCCAAUCAAAUGGUCCUGUGACAUUGUAGAAAGUAAAUCGUUUUUGAUUAACAUUCAGGCAAGAAAAGCUUUUCUCCCCUGACGCUACUGUGACAGUCGAAUGCAGACUCAAGGCAAUACUAAGGCUAGGACAGACCAGCAAAUUUCCCUGGUAGACGUAAUCGAGUGUGGCAAGAGAUGAGGGCGAUACAGCAGUUGGAAACGCAUUUAUUUUACUUCGUUUCCAGAUUAAAUUAAAACAUGUAGUCCUAUGCAUGUGAGACACCUAUGCAUGUAUUCCCUUCAAGUUUGAAGCACUGACGGCAUGAUCAAGCAAACUUUGUUUUGUAGUGUGUCGCAAUUAGUUGAACGACACACUACAAAACAAAGGUGUCAUUGUCCAUCCAUUAACAGUCCAAAGCACCUUUUUGACCAUUGUUCCAUAGUCCAA